AUGAGCUCAAUUACAAAAAGAGAUAAGGUUAUAAUUGGAUCAAGAAAAUCUCAAUUAGCAAUGCUUCAAACAGAAUGGGUUAGAGAUAGAAUUCAAGAAUUAAAUCCCGGUAUUAUAGUUGAAAUUAAAACAAUGGAUACAACAGGUGAUAAAGUAUUGGAUGUAUCACUUUCAAAGAUUGGUGAUAAAGGUUUAUUUACAAAGGAAUUGGAAGAUAUGAUGUUAAAUGGUACAAUUGAUUUAGCAGUUCAUUCAUUAAAAGAUAUACCAACAAAAUUACCAGAUGGAUUAAAAUUAGGAGCCAUCACUAAAAGAUAUAAUACAUCAGAUGCAUUCAUUGCCAAUGCUAAAAAGCAUGGAAAGAAUUGUAAAUUAUCAGAGUUACCACAAGGUGCAAUGAUAGGAUCAUCCUCAUUGAGAAGGGUUGCACAAUUGAAGAAAGCAUAUCCACAUUUACAAUUCAAAGAUAUUAGAGGUAAUUUAAAUACCCGUUUUAAGAAAUUAGAAGAUGAUUCAAAUGGAUAUGAUGGUAUGAUUUUAGCAGUUGCAGGUUUAGAAAGAAUGGAAUUAACCGACCAUAUCUCUGAGAUCAUUCCAGAUUCAAUUUCAUUAUAUGCAGUUGGUCAAGGUUCGUUAGGUAUUGAAUGUAAAGAUGGUGAUGAUUUCAUUCAAUCAAUUUUAAAUCCAUUAAUUCAUCGUGAAUCAAUGUAUUGUUGUGAAGCUGAACGUUCAAUGUUAAGAGAUUUAGAAGGUGGUUGUCAUGUACCAAUUGGUGUUGUCACAAAAUUACACAAUCAAUCGCAACCUGAUGAAACUUUAGAAAUUAAUGCUAUAGUUUUAAAUUUAGAUGGUUCAAAAUAUAUUGAAUCUAAAAUUAUUGGUCCAUCAAUUCAAUAUUAUCAAUUAGGUAAAUCAAUUGCUCAAGAUUUAAUUAAUAAAGGUUCAAAAGAUAUUUUAUCCGAAUUUAUUAAAAAAUAA